GAGGUUCGAAUCCUCGUAGGCUCGUCGAACUUUGUACCUAACUUUUAUCUGUCACUGUGUUUACGGUUUAUUGAUAAAGUUUUGGUCAUUGCAGGACUUUUGUGUGCGAGUCAUGCGGUAAGAUCGGUUCUUUCGAAUGCCUUCUUUUUAUUCUCGAAUUCUUGUUUCUUCCACCUGUACGGCCCUCUCCGUAUGCCAAUUAAAUUACGCGACACUGUAACUUGUAGUAUGCCCCGUUCUGAAUCAUGCAAAGCAUUUGUCCCCGAGAAAUAGCCAGCUGUUCCUCUUGCUAUAAGCCUGAAGACUGCCCUCGUUGAGCAAGCAAUUAAGAAGUUCAAAGAAGUUCAAAGAAACCGAUUGCUUCGCCCGGACAGACACGGUAAAGAUGUAAAUGGUUCCUAUAAGAUCAGGAACAGAUCGUGUUGUGCUUGCAGAUCAUCUGAAUAUAAAAUUCAACUUUGAUAAAGAAUGUCUAUUUAUGCUCGCAAACUAAUGAUUUGUUGAUACUGCAUCGACCAGAGGCUUGUUUGCGACAAACGCGCAUAUCACGUAAGCACGUGCCUGCAAUAAGGCUGCACCUGCCCACAGCAUGUUUUAUCGUACACAAAGGUAUUUCGACUACACACUCAACGGACGGAGUAAAAAUGGGAUCCAUCGAGGCCUUAUUCGAGGCUAUAAAGUCCAGCGACUCCGGCAAAGUUCGCUCACUUCUUCUCGAGGACAAGACUUUGACGGCCCAAAAGCAUCGUGACCCAACUGUCAAGUUCGAUCCAGACGUGGAACUAGAUGCGUACAAGUUCCUUGGGGCAUACAUAGGCUCAAUUACAGCGCUGCACUUGGCGAUAUUAUGUGGGCAGGAUGCGAUCGCAAAGGAUAUUGUGGAGAGAACAUUACAGGAUGAUUUGGAUAUUACCUUCGGGGGAGGAAAUACCGCACUGCAUCUUGCAACCUUUCUCGGUGCUCGAGACAUUGUUAAACUCCUUUUAGAACAAGGGGCCAACCGCAAGAUCACAAAUGCGAAAGGUUUUGCACCCGUGGAUGUAGUGGAUGAUGGGGAAAUGCGAGCUUUGUUUGCCGAAGAGAGUUGAUUGUGAAGGACCAACAUGUAGGGGAUCUGAGAAGCGAGUAUUGGAUUUAAUGGGGAGAACACCAAGAUGAGAACAAUUCUUGUAAAUAUGCGAAGAGUUUGAGUAGCUGGUAUUAAUAAACAGUGCAAAGUAUUCACACAUCCAUCCGC